UAACUAAAUUUUUGGCGUCUUGAAAACUUGAAGAUAUGAAUAUGUUUCAGGAAACCAAAACUUUGGAAAUAUUUCAUGUGCCUUAUUAUAAGAUGAUUGCGAAGUACAUGCAAAUAUUGGGACAAGAUCCACAUCACAAAACUAGCACUAGAAAUAUCAUUGUAAUUAUAGUGGUAACUAGUAUUGCGAGCAUCUUUUUUCCAGCGACAAUAGAAAUAUAUGUGUCGUUGUGUAACAAAGACAUCGAUGGAGUGUUUGAGUGUUUACCACAUUCUAUUGCAACUGCAAUCACCAUUGUUAAAAUAUUGAAUAUAAAUUUCAACAGGCGAAAUUUUAAUAAAUUAUACCAAAUGAUAGCAAAACAAUGGAAAGAACUGAAAUUAAAAGGCGAAUUGCAUGUUUUAGAAGAAACCGUCAUACAAGGCAACAGAUUGGCACAAUUUUAUCAAAAUACUUUAGUAAGCUUUUUCAUACUAUUUUUAUUGAUCCCACUAAUUUCUCCCAUUUUGGAUAUCAUCCAUCCAUUAAAUGAAACUCGAGCACGGCAACAACUACUUAGAGUUAAUUAUAUAUUUUUUAACAACGAUGACUAUUACUUUUGCGUGUAUUUACAUUUAUUGUGGGGAGCAAUAGUUGUUGUAUUCACCGCAGUUGGCGCAGACUGGUUAUACAUAUUAAUAAUUCACCAUAACAGUGGAUUAUUUGCGGUCUGUGGAUAUCAAGUCCAAAAAGUAACCGCGAAUCCAAAUUACUCUAGUUAUGGAAUCCUUGUGGAGAAUGAGAGAUAUAAGAAAUUCAGAGCUUGCAUACUUAUGCACAAAGAAGCUAUACGAUAUUACAAUUUACUGAACGAAUGCAGCCAAGGUAGUUACUUGAUUCAAGUUGGAUUGAACAUGUUGGGUAUGAGUGCUACAGCUGUUCAAACAGUGAUAAAUAUAAAUAAACCAGAAGAAGCAAUGCGAAGUGCUUUAUUUUGUGGUGCAAGCCAAUUUCACUUAUUCUUACUCAGUUUGCCUGGCCAGGUGCUACUAGAUAAUUGUCAUAGUUUAGCAGCCAAUAUAUACAACUCUGCAUGGUACGCCAUACCGGUGAAAAUUCAAAAAUUACUGUACGUAAUGCAAAUAAGGUGCAAGAAACUCUGUUCGUUGACUGCGGGUGGAUUGUACGACAUGAAUAUAGAAAAUUUCGGAAUAGCCUUUAAAACAUGCAUGUCUUAUAUCACAAUGAUGAUGUCACUGAGAGACUGAAUUGACUUGCAUUUACUGUUUCACUUAUGUCGUGUUAUCCCUGU